AUGACCCCAUCAUCAUCAUUUCCAUAACAUUGAGAGUGCCCCCUUUACGCACAGGAAGGGCGCAUCCAAAAAAAAAAGAUGACUAAUUACGCGCAAUGUGUCGUCAGGGCACGAAGACGUGCGGAUACACUUGUGCCAAGCACUAUUUAACCAGGUCAUCAGCGGAGUGGUCUAGUCUACGAGGAGUAUACCAUUUGGAUAAGCCAUAGUAACUGGAUUCAUAUAGUCUCAAGAGGUUGGCUCCAAUAUUGCGGUUGUGUAAGGACUCUGUUUGAACACAGUCAGGUGCUGGCUCAUAUCUUCAGGUGGUGCAGUAAAGAAUUCAGCACGAGACCAGACAUGGAGCGUAUGCAUGAUGAGAAGCCCAAGAAGAAGGUGACCGGCUACCUCCUCUACUGCGUGUCCACGGCCGUUAUUGGCUCACUGCAGUUUGGUUACAACACCGGAGUCAUCAACGCACCCGAGCAGAAGCUGCGUAGGUUCUUCCAGAAUGUGUCCAUGGAGCGCUACGGGGAGCCCUUCACCCCCGGGGCCAACACCAUGGUGUGGAGCUUUGCGGUGGCCAUCUUCAGCGUCGGAGGCAUGAUUGGCUCAUUCUCUGUGGGAGCCGUGGUCGACAAGUUUGGCAGGCGGAAAUCGAUGAUGCUAGCUAACAUCCUGGCCAUCCUGGGGGCGGUGCUGAUGGGGCUGUCCAGCCUGAGCCGCUCCUUUGAAAUGGUCAUCAUUGGCAGGUUUAUCAUCGGCCUGUUCUGCGGCCUGUGCACGGGGCUGACCCCCAUGUACGUGGGGGAGAUUGCUCCCACCCACCUGCGAGGGGCCUUCGGAACGCUUCACCAGCUGGGCGUUGUCAUCGGCAUCCUGGUGGCUCAGAUCUUUGGCCUGGAGUUCCUGCUGGGCUCAGAGGCUCUGUGGCCACUGCUGCUGGCCCUCACCGCCCUGCCAGCCAUCCUGCAGACCAUCCUGCUGCCCUUCUGCGCCGAGAGCCCCCGCUACCUGCUCAUCAGCCUCAACCAGGAGGACGAGGCCCGCAAAGCCCUGGUGCGUCUCCGUGGCACCGAGGACGUCACAGACGACCUCCAGGAGAUGAAGGAGGAGGGGAUGAAGAUGGCGUUGGAGAAGAAGGUGACCAUCACGGAGCUGUUCCGCUCGCCAGUGUACCGCCAGCCCCUGAUCAUCGCCGUCGUCCUGCAGCUCUCCCAGCAGCUGUCCGGCAUCAACGCAGUGUUUUAUUACUCCACAGGUAUAUUUGAAACAGCGGGUGUAGCUGAACCCAUCUACGCUACCAUAGGAGCGGGCGUGGUCAACACCGUGUUCACUGUGGUCUCGCUCUUCCUGGUGGAAAGGGCGGGACGAAGGACCUUACACCUGAUUGGAUUGGCUGGAAUGGCCGUGAGCGCCCUCCUGAUGACCAUCUCCCUGUCUCUGGUUAAAACCAACCAGUCGUUGAGCUACCUGGCCAUCGUGGCGGUGUUUGGCUUUGUGGCCAGCUUUGAGAUGGGCCCGGGCCCCAUCCCCUGGUUCAUCGUGGCGGAGCUCUUCUCCCAGGGCCCGCGCCCGGCCGCCAUGGCCGUCUCCGGCUUCUCCAACUGGACUGCCAACUUCCUGGUUGGCUUAGGCUUCCCUAAGUUGGAGGAACUGUGCGGCCCGUACGUCUUCAUCAUCUUCAUGAUCCUGCUCAUCUUCUUCUUCAUCUUCACCUACCUCCGCGUGCCCGAGACCAAGGGGCGGACCUUCGACGACAUCGCCCAGGCCUUCGCCACCAGCGCCGCCUCCCCGCAGAGCCCCUCCGAGGUGGGGCUAGGUCUGCCGGUGCCUGAGACCAAGGGCGCCACCCCCCUCUCCCCCACGGAGAAGGUUCCCAUGUUCAGCCUCCCCAUGGAUAAGGCCGGAGCUCCUUAGGGCCGCGGGCGGGGACGGGAGGCUGCAGAGGAGGACGAGACUUAGGACUGGAGUUUAAGGGGAUGGAGGGCUUUCUGUUUGCACAGCGGUGGUGUGGUUCAACCUUCAAGCUACAGAAUAGUCAGGAUGGGGAACGGGGGGGCAGCUAUAGUCUGGCGGUUUGGGGGUUCGACUCCGAGCCCGGAGGGGUCUGGGUUCGAUGCCCGAUGGCCGCGGUCUACCUGUAGGUGUCCUUGAGCAAGAUGCCCUAACGACUUAGCUGCUCAUUAAUGACAUGUUUUAAAUAGAAAUCCACUUUGUCACUUUGGAUGAAAACUAAAUAGUAAAUUGUUCACAAGAGGGUUUUUUUAUGAUAGUAAUUGUUGCAAAACUUUCCUUUCCACUAAGAGCAUCUUAGUGGAAAGGAAUCAAGAGAAAAGUCUAUUCAUUUUGGCAUUGUGUCUGUAUUUGAAACACGGGCCAGUCUUUGGAAAUCUAUAUUUUUAAAAAUAAUAAUUAUUUAUUUUUCUAGCUAAGCAUCAUAAUUUUGACUGUUACUAAUGUCACAAUAUUUGACUCAUUACUGCCUAAUCUUAGUUGACCUUGCAAGUGCCAUUGCUCCAAGUAUUUAUUUAAGAGGAUCAGGCUGUGUUCCGUGUUCAACUCUGGUGCCAAACUGUGUGUGUGUGUGUGUGUGUGUGUGUGUGUGUGUGUGUGUGUGUGUGUGUGUGUGUGUGUGUGUGUGUGUGUGUGUGUGUGUGUGUGUGUGUGUGUGUGUGUGUGUGUGUGUGUGUGUGUGUGUGUGUGUGUGUGUGUGUGUGUGUGUGUGUGUGUGUGUGUGUGUGUGUGCGUGCGUGCGUGCGUGCGUGCGUGUGUGUGUGUGUGUGUGUGUUUUGAUGGUAAUGGAGUAAAGGAUUUGGGGCAGAUGUCUGUAUUAAGGUCAAGCUAGAAAAGCCCAUUAGCUUAACCUACAAAAACAUAAUUUGCAACCUUGUCAUCCACAGAAGGGUUCGCCUUGACAUUCAGUAGUCCGACGGCAAGACGUAGACAACAGAAAAGUACUCUCUCUAGGGUUAGGGUUAGGGUUCUCUUUUCUUGUGUACCUCUUAUCCGCAUGUCAUUAUUUCACUUUGUGACGGCACUGACUCCCAGCAUGAGAUAAAAAUUGACUUUAUCAACUUUAUCAAUCCAAGACGGCAAGUGUGGGUGUCACAGUACCGGACCGUCAUACAAAUAAAAACAAAAUAAUUCCAGACGAAGUACAUGCACAGAACGACAAAAACAUGACAAAACUAAUCUCAGAGAUAGUCAGUCCUGGUUUGAUUUCUUUGUGCGCUCUGUUUGAACUCUGCGGUCUGCUGUAGAGAUGCCUGUUACGUGAUACAAACAGUUGUGGUAACAGUGUUUUUAUUGUCUGAACUACUGCUGGUCUGCAAGGGCAUGGAGACUAGCACUGCCAUUGUAGAGCCUGCCUGACCAAGCCUGUUUGAGGAAAUAAAACCACUACAAUGUCUGGUAAUAUAAGAAUGUCCAUCUGACGCAACCGUUCCUAUUGGGUGUGAAAUGUGGUUCUCUAUUGUGCAACACAUCGUAUCGGAAUAGGGCAUGUAUUUAGUUCAUGUUUAAAAAUCAAGAAUUCACUCUAACUAACAGUACCAUGCGUUUGUUAUAAUUAUUGAAGAACACAAGGCAAAAUAUAUCAAAUAUGAAUACAAAUCCUAUCUGGAAAAUACAGUGCAUAAGGAAUUUAAUUAAGAAGAAAUUAUUUUAUAUCGUUAAGAUUAAAGUAAACAUUUAAAUUCAGUUUUUUUAAGGAACCCUUUGCAAAAUAAGAACUACAGGACAAGUGUUAAUAAAAACACGAGUGGUGUCGUUUGAGAUGGUUAUCUGUUUAUUUUUAAGGGAUGGAUCUUGAUUGUUUGCUUAAAGACAGGAGACAUGCGCCUAUGUCAAUGUUUGUGCAGAUGGGGACAUUUUAUUAGUCUAUAUUAGUGAUGGAUUUCAUGAUUCUUUCCCUUGAUUCAGUUGACGUCGGUCAGUUCCCCAAGAAGAAUCGUUCAGAAUCGUUUGUUGGUUUGUUCGUUCAGUCGCGUUUCCGGUAGCUGAGUCAGUCAGACUCAGCUCUUCCCUCGUUCUCAUUCUCAAACGAUCAUUCAAGUCGAUCAAUCAACACAAAAUUACAACUAAGAUCCUUUCAGCUGAGGACUUAGACAAACCAAACUCAGUGGGAUGGGGGUGGGGGGUGUAGUUGAUUAUUGGAUGUUUAACAUAUCAGCAAGAUAAUAGACUUGAUUUAGCAAUGAUGGAGUUCAAAAGUAAAUUAUGUACAGUUGUGUUUAUUUGGGGGAUAUUUGAUUUUUCUUGGGUUAAAAGUAACUCAACACUAUUGUGAAGAUAGCCACCCCCACUCAAGAAUCUAUGAAGAUCCACCACGGUGGGGGUCCCGGGUCGCGAGCGUUUUUGACGAGAUUGACGCGACAUUCUAAUAUUUUAUUAAUCUGGCAUGACACAGAAAAUACAAAGACGGCAUGCAUUUACCAUUUCACUGAUAUUUAAUCGUAUUAUCGUACGCUCGCUCAUUAAGCCCAUUUGUUGUUGUUUUUCAAGAAAACGGUUGAUUCCUGCCUCUCAUUGGCUAGAAUUUGACGAGAGCGUCCUAGACUCAGUCCUAGAACAGCAUACGAUUGGCUGGCUCUCGUGAGUCGUAAGGUCUCUCAGUCGGUCCCUCUUCACCACUCACAGUCAGUGAACGAACAGCGACUCAGCGACUAGUGGGUCUGGGAGGAGUUGAGUCUGGGAGGAGUCGAGUCUGAGAGCGAACGAGAUGAAUGAGAGAGAAGAAUCAGUUCGAUUCAUUCUUGUUAAAUAUUCAUUCAUUUGAACUGAUUCGGCCGCAAACGACCCAUCGUCUAUAUGCCUUAGUUCUACAUUUAGAAAGACGCACAUUAAAAUCUCAUUUCAUCCCUUGCCCAUCGAGUAUUACGGCUUUUAGCAUGAUUGUUGUCUGAUGAUUGUGAAUCAUUUAAGUGUGGAGUCUGCCCUUUUCCACAUGUUUUUUGGGCGCUGUUGGCUGUUGUAAUUAAUCUUUAGUCAUUGAUAUGACCUGCCUUUGUUUUUCCUCCUUCUUGCACUCUUAUACUACUGAAUGUUACUAUGGCGCUGUAUAGGUCUCCACAACAUAGACUCUGUUAUGUUCAUGUGUAUUUCCAAUGACUUCCACUUUCAAAUAUAGAUUGCGGAAGAAUGACGGAAAUAUUAAUCCUGUAUUAUAUGGUAUUAACAUUUGUAACGUUUUGUAAUCUAUUGUUCCCAGGGUGUACCCAACAUGCUUGAUCAAGUUGCAAUAAAUCUUACAGAUUGAAGAUUACAUAUAAAUUCUUAACUGUGGGAUAAUGUAUGUUGAAGCCAUGAAUAAAUCAAUUAAACACAAAGAACAUA